UAGCAGCAGUCGAAUGUAAAAUAAUGUGAAGAAAUAGGCUACAAGAUAAAAUGAGUUAACUAAAAGCUCUCGUAUACAGAUAUGUUUUCAGGCCUUUUUUUUAAAAGAUGUUCACUAAACUCGCCUGUUUGAUGUACAGAGGCAGGGUGUUCCAUAGCUUUGGUGCAUAAUAGAUAAAAGCAUUUUCUCCACUUUGCUUGUGGAGCACUUUGGGCACAAUUAAAAGAUCAGCAUGGGAAGAUCUAAGGUUCCUUUGCAAUUGAUAAGAUCAGUUCAGCUAACACAGGGGUAAUGUGCUCAAAACUGAGUACCAUCACAGCGGAUGAGCUGCGACGAUUUCUUGCUGAUGAGGCCGGAGAGGCACAAGACAAAGAGUGCGCUAUGAGGUCCACUCUUGAGAACCUUGUACGGUUCCUUGCAGAGAUGGAGCAAUCCAGUAAGGCAGAGGUCGAGGAGUGGCAAAGAGAGAAAGCGAGGAUUGAGGCAGCUAUACAGGCCGACCUCCGCAAUAUGGAGGAGAAUAUUCACCUGGACCACAUAUUACUGACACGUUUAGCAACAACGCUGACUGAGAAGGCAGAUAUGGAGAGACAGAAACUUUCAAGCCUACCUCUGGCGAAAGAACACCAGAGGAUAGUCUCUCUCCUGGAGAAGAAGUGUGACUAUGAUUAUGAUAAAAUUAUGUUAAAUGAUCCAGAGCGUGCUAAAAGAGAGUCAGAGAACUGGACCAGAUGGACCCAAGAGAGAGUAGACAGCACCUUAAAAAUGGCGCUGACUGCUGCUGCCAUCAAGCAAAAGUGGCUACAGCAGCUGAAAAGCCAGGCUGAAAAAUGGAUGGUGUCUAUUCCUCAGGUUUCAGACGGACCUGCUCAAGAGGUCAACGACACCCACAUUAAGCUGAGCCUUGAUGAUUGCCUCCAGUCUCUGAGCUUCAGCAGCCAGAAAGCUGAACAGAUCAUUGUUCAGAACCAGAUGCUCCAGGCGAAGAUUGAUGCAAAGUUGGACAAAAAGAUGGCACGUCUUGUGGCUGAGGCCAUUAAAAAGGAGGAGAAGAUCAGGGCUGCAGAGCUGAAGAAGAGGAGGCAGAUGGAGGAAAAGACCAGGAAAAAGCUGGAGGAAAUACAGAAGGCUGAGCAGUCGAGCACCAGAGGAUAGUCUCUUUGACUAUAACUAUGAUCACAUUAUGCUGAAUGAUGUAUGAGUGCCCCCCGAGGACGAGUGAAUGCUGUAUGCAAUGGAGAUGUUGCCAGUGAACCCCCCCCCCCCCCCCCCCCCCUAACAGAAUUGUUCCAGAUAUAAAU